AUGGCCGACGAACAGAAGCCCGUUGAGGUCCCCAAGGACGCUCCCGUUGCCGAGACCCCUGCUGAGACUAAGCCUGCCGAAGCUCCUGCUGCCGAGGACAAGCCCGCCGAAGACAAGCCUGCCGAGACCACCGAGGCUGCUGCCGCCACCGAGACUGCUGCUGAGGCCGCCCCCGCUGCCGAGGGCAAGAAGGAGGAGGUCGUUCCCAUCGAGGAGGGCACUCUCGACCACAAGGGUGCUGGUGCGAACUUCCCCAAGAACCUCUACUACUCGAAGCAGCCUUUCUGGUUCGGCUCCGAUGCCGUCGAAGCCAAGAGCCUUACCAGCUAUCUGAAGCACGAGAAGGCUGCUCUCGUCGCCUGGCACAAUGCCUCCUGGGCCCAGCACACCGGUAAGGGUCUUCUCUUCUUCGGCGACAAGAGCACUCCCACCGGAAUCAUCAACCUCGCCGAGGCUACCGAGCCCCAGACUGAUGGCGCCACCAAGUUCCACUUCAACGCCAACGGACAGAAGCACUCUUUCAAGGCCGCCACCAAGGCUGAGGCUGAGAACUGGAUCUCCCAGAUCAAGGCCAAGAUCAAUGACGCCAAGGAGAUCGCCGCCUCCAUCAAGGAGACCGAGGCCUACAAGGCUGCUUAUGAGAUCUACAAGCCCACCGUGAAGAAGGAUGAGAAGAAGGAGGAAGCUGCUGAGGAGGCUGCUGCCCCUGCCGAGGAGGCCAAGCCCGCUGAGGCUGCCGCCGCUGAGGAGACUCCCGCUGAGGGAGCCAAGGAGGAGCCUGCCGCCGAGGAGGCUAAGCCUGCCGAAGAGGCUCCCAAGGAGGAGGAGGAGCCCAAGCGUCGCUCUGCCAGCCGCAAGCGAACCUCCGUCCUUGACUUCUUCGGCAAGAAGGAGAAGAAGGAGGGCAAGAAGGAAGAGACUAAGCCUGCCGAGGCUGCUGAGGCCGCUCCCGCUGAGGCUCCUGCUGAGGCUACCGAGGCUCCUGCUGCCGAGGAGGCCGAGCCCGCCAAGGAGGCCCCCAAGGAGACCCCCAAGGAGAAGCAUGGCAGCGUCAAGCGCAACAGCUUCUUCGGUCUCAUCCCCAAGAAGGACAAGAAGCCCGCCGAGGAGGCCAAGGAUGCCGCCAAGGACGGUGAAGCUUCCGCCACUGAGGCUGCUCCCGUUAUCCCUCCCGUAGAGACCUCCACCCCUCUCGCUGCUGAGGAAGCCCCCGCCGCUGAGGCCACUACCGAGGAGGCUCCUGCUACCAACGGCGAGUCUAAGGCUGAGGCCAAGGCUGAGAAGCCCAAGUCCCCUAGCCCCUUCUCCAGGUUCCGAGCCACCAUCAAGCGCAUCAAGCCCACUUCCGGUGAGAAGGCUGAGGAGAAGGCUGCCGAGAAGACCGACGAUAAGCCUGCUGAGGCUAAGGCCGAGGAUAAGCCCGCCGAGGAGGCUGCCGCUCCCGUUAAGGCCGCUGAGGAGGAGACCGAGAACAAGCCUGAGGCUGCUGCCCCCGCCGCCGGUGCCACCGUCACUGCUGCCGCCUAG